AUGCAUCGCCAUCACUCUGGAAUCCUGUCAAAUACAUACAUACCACCACUUAGUCCGAAUACUAUAGCGAAGGAACUUUCUAGACUCUCUACGGAAUCUCUUUUCAACUUGGUGGAACUAUGGUUUACGCUUCCUGUGACCCAGCCUACUCCAAAUAAACAGAAGCGAAGACAUGGAGUAACACAGCAGCAGCUAGUUGAAAAGUUUAAAGUGGUGGUGAAAUCCCUACGAGCUGCCAAAUCGUCCAAGAAAAGAAAGCUAAUCGACCGCAUUUUAGUCGAUUUCUACCCCGAAGGACUAAACGCGCUACAGCUAGCACAGUUAGAUAUUCAAUUGAUGGUGGAUAAGCCUAACCUAUACACAUGGGUGUCAUCGACGGCUAAGAUCAUCUCCAAUAUUGGACCGAUCGACGAAAUCAAAGAUGCACUCGAUGAUUUCAUUUUCUCCUUGGAUUCUCAGUCUUUCCUCGAUCAUCUUAUAAAGAACCUCGCCAAUCUAUACCUUACCCAUAUCUACAUCUCACGGCAUCCACAACUUCCUCUCAUUAUAAUCAGGAUCCAAAUGUAUGAAUAUGUGCAUCUCAAAAGAGCUAAGAGAGGUAGCAUCUCCGGGAGUCUAUCCAACGGUCAAAAUCCUGACAUCAUUUCUCGUAAACCUUAUUAUUUGGUUAUUCCUACCAGUUCACCCAAUUUGAUCCACUCUGUAUCCAAUGUCGAUGAUCUCACAUCCAAACUGAUUCUUCAAUCCGUAGAAACCACUCUUUCUUCCUCUCUUCGUCGAGUAAAAUUGAUUAAGAAUAAGGAGCCGCCGUUGAAAACGUUGGAAGCAAUGCACAUUCUCAAAGGUAUAUCAAGAUUUGGCCAUGCAUUAGGAAGCUGGGCCCCCUAUGCUGAUGGAACAGUUGAUAUUGGACCAUUAGGAGAUCCCACUCAGCAUAUUGUGUUGAGGCCGGCCAAAAAUGGUGCCUAUGAAAGGCCUCAAUCCCAAGAUGAGGAGAGAAAGAUGAUCGCUGCGCUGAAAUUUAAGGGUUCUUUGUUUCCAAAGUUGAAGUCAGACAGGCUUUAUGAGGAUAACAGGAAAAAACGACAGAGGUUAGCAACAGGUUUAGUCUCCACAGACGGUGAAGAUGAUAUUGAUGAGGAGCAACCAAAUGAAUACCAGUCGAUUGUACCUGUACAAUCUGGUGAUUUCAUCGUUCAAAAUAAACUGAAGGAGCCAUACAAUGAAGAUAAAACUAUCAGAGAUGUUAGCGAUGCUCCUUCUAUUCGCUUACGUCUAUUCGGAUCAGACAUCUUUGCCGGCCUACAUCAGCUGGCUGUAGAAGGUAUAGUCGAUCCUAAAACUAUCCCUAGCUGGCUCACAGGAGAAGAAGGACUUCAUCGUGGCAUCAUUAAGGAUGGUGAGUUUAUAAGAAAAGAUGAGUGA